AUGACAGAAUCCGCAAUAUCCUGUUUGGUUGAGAAGCUUGCUAUGUUCGUCGAGCAAGAGGUAAAUCUAUUGAAAGGGGUACGUGGAGAAAUUGAACUCAUUAGAGAUGAAUUUGAGCGCAUGAAGGCCUUCUUAGAGCACACUGAGUCAUCAAAAGACGAUGACCCUGAGUUGAAGCUAUGGGUGAAACAAGUCAGGGAUGUUGCAUAUGAUGUGGAGGACAUUCUAGAUGAAUACACGCUCAACUUGGCAAGAGAUCACGGAGAUGGGGUCAUGAGGUAUCUCCACAAGAUCAAGCUAUCCAUAAACAACUUGAAAGAGCGCCGUCAUCUCUCCUCCAAAAUAACAGAUAUCAGGACAAAAGUCCUCAGCAUUAGUGAAGGGCAUCGACGAUACCAUUUCAAGUCGUAUUGCACAGAGCAAAGUGCAAGCGCAUCCACUGGAGGCACCUCAUGGCACAAUCUUAGGGAGGACACUUUUCCAGUCGAGGAAGGUGAAUUGGUGGGGAUUGAUCAGCCAAGAGAAGAGCUUAUUAAGUGGCUUGUUGACGGAGAACCCGAACUUGAAGUUGUAUCAAUAUUAGGGAUGGGGGGUUCAGGGAAGACCACUCUGGCAGAAAGAGUGUACGACAAUCACCAAGUAAAAGCCUACUUCCAAAGCCAUGCAUGGAUUAGUGUCUCACAAUCCUAUAAGAUUCAGGAUAUUUUGAGGGACAUGAUCGGACAAUUUCAUGGAGAAAUUGAGCAACGAGCCCCACAAGGAAUAGAAUCCGCGAAUAGCGUGAGGCUCAAGCAAAUAUUGAAAGACUUUUUGCACCAGAAAAGGUAUGUCAUUGUUCUAGAUGAUGUAUGGAACUUGGAAGCACUAGAAGGUUUAAAAAGUGCAAUGCCCAAUGGCAGUUGUAGUAGCCGAAUAAUAAUCACUACUCGCAUAGCUAAUAUUGCUACUUCCUCGUCCAACCAAUCAAAAGUUUAUACCCGUAAGCCCUUGUCUCCAGAAGAAUCAUGGUCCUUAUUCUGCAAGAAAGCCUUUCGUGGAAAACUCUGUCCUCCUCACCUAAAAAACCUUUCAGGACAGAUUUUGAAAAAAUGUGAGGGUUUGCCACUUGCUAUAGUGGCAAUUGGUGGUCUUCUCUUUGCAAAAGAUGUCAAAGAAUGGGAGAUGAUUUCUCACAGCCUUGCUGUAGAGUUAGAAAGCAAUGAUAGGAUGCAAAUUUUCAGGAAAAUUCUCAGCUUGAGCUAUAUUGAUUUGCAUUAUAAGUUGAAAAGUUGCUUUUUGUACUUGGGUUUAUUUCCAGAGGAUCGCGUGAUUGAGCGUAUGACACUCAUUCGUUUGUGGAUUGCAGAAGGAUUUAUUGAGGAAAGAGAACGGAUGACGCAGGAGGAGGUUGCUCAAAGAUACCUGAACGAGCUAAUAAACAGAAAUUUGGUGCAAAUUGCAGAAAUAGAUGUAGAAGGAAGGCUAAAAACUUGUAGGGUACAUGACCUUAUGCGUGAAAGUAUCCUUUCUAAGUUGAAGGAUGAAAACUUUGUUUCGUUUUUAUCUGAGCAGUCAAAAGAAUUGCACGAACGAGUCCGGCGUCUGUCAGUCCAAUACAACUGCAACAACGCACUGAACCAACUAAAUCUCCCCAGCCUACGCUCUCUACUCAUUUUUCAAUUAAGAACAUCGUCUAGUACAGAUGAGCAAUUCUUCCCAACUAGCUCUAAGCUGCUGAGGGUUUUAGAUUUGGGAGGAUCAUGCCUUCAUAAGUUCCCCCAACAAAUACUAGUUUUUGUCCACUUGAAGUAUCUGAGUUUGAGAAGGAGCAACGUGCGUGUUAUUCCUAGGUCAAUUGUGAAACUCCAAAAUCUGGAGACUUUGGAUCUUAAACACACAUUCGUAUCUGAGAUGCCUGUGGAGAUAACCAAGCUCAAGAAACUACAACAUCUUUUGGUGUACAGUGAUGCAGAAAUUACAACUUCUGUACCCUUUGGCUUUAGAAAGGGAUUUUUAGCUCCCAAGGGCAUUGGAGCACUAACAUCAUUGCAGAACUUGUGCUGUGUAAAAGCUGGUGGUGAUCGGAGCAAGAAUACAAUACAAGAGCUGGGAGAGUUAAGUCGACUAAGGAGGCUGGGUGUAAGGGACCUGAAGAAAGAUGAUGCAAAGGAACUAUGCCACUCCCUCGAGAAGAUGACCAACCUUCAAUCACUAAAUGUGAAUGCAAAAAGCGAGUUUGACAUUAUUGAUUUGGAUUUUCUAUCUUCAGCUCCCCCGUUCCUUCGAGGUCUACAUAUUGAAGGAUGUCUGAAGAAGCUGCCUCAUUGGCUUCCUCUGUUGAUCAGUCUGACUAAAUUGCGUUUGGCAUGGACCAAAUUGAAAUCUAGCCCGCUUAUUGCUCUCCAAAAUUUGCCCAAUCUCGUAGAGCUUUAUUUGAGUAACGCCUUUGAUGGGAAAACAUUGGUUUUUGGAGAUAAAGGGUUCCCAAAGCUCAAGAAGUUAUUCUUUGCCAAUCUGGAUAAUCUUAGAUUUGCAUUGAUGAAUGGCACUGACCGGCAAUCAUUACUAGUUGUCAUCCAUGGCCUUGCGAACCUGAAGCAUCUCCAAUUCUAUGAGAUGCCAGAAGAAUUUGCUCUUGUGUUUUAUCCGUACAGUCGUAACAGAAUGAGGAAGGGUAUUCUGCAAGAGUACUAUGAGGAGGUGAUGGAACGUAACCCAGAAGUUUACUUCUUCUGGUGGAAAGAGGAUCACAGGGAGCGACAUGAUCUUAGCCUUGAUUCUUAUAAUGUCAUCAAGGGUAGGGUGAUAAGCCGCAUUGAGGUUAUUCCUAUAGUUUCGUAG